CACUCAACGGCGGAUUUAGGGGGGAGAUAUUAUGAGGCUGGUGUCAUUAGGCGAUAGCCAUUGAAUCAUUCAAGCUUUUUUUGCUAGCCGUAUUUUUCGGUUUACCCCUUUUUCUCGGUAAUUUUCUUUCUCUCUCAGGUCAUUUCCAUGGUUUUCAGAUCCCCUUUAGAGCUUUAUCCCUCCCAUUUCUUCCUGCCUAACUUCGCUGAUCGCCCACUGCUGCUGGCGAACAGCGCUCCCGCCGCCAGGUCUCCAGAAGACUUGUCCAUGUUUCAGCUACCGACCCUCAACUUCUCCCCGGAGCAGGUGGCGAGCGUCUGCGAGACGCUGGAGGAGACCGGGGACAUCGAGCGGCUGGGCCGCUUCCUUUGGUCCCUGCCGGUGGCUCCGGGAGCGUGCGAGGCGAUCAACAAGCACGAGUCCAUCCUGCGCGCCCGCGCCGUGGUGGCGUUCCACACGGGGAACUUCAGAGACCUCUACCACAUCCUGGAGAACCACAAGUUCACCAAGGACUCGCACGGCAAGCUGCAGGCCAUGUGGCUGGAGGCUCACUACCAGGAGGCCGAAAAGCUACGCGGCCGUCCCCUCGGACCUGUCGACAAGUACCGGGUGCGGAAGAAGUUUCCGCUGCCUCGGACCAUCUGGGACGGGGAGCAGAAGACGCACUGUUUCAAAGAGCGGACGCGGAGCCUUCUGCGGGAGUGGUACCUGCAGGACCCAUAUCCGAACCCGAGCAAGAAAAGGGAACUGGCUCAAGCCACUGGACUCACUCCUACACAGGUCGGGAACUGGUUUAAAAACCGGAGGCAAAGAGACAGAGCAGCGGCGGCCAAAAACAGGCUCCAGCACCAAGCAAUAGGACCGGCCGGCAUGAGGUCCCUCUCGGAGGCCGGACUCACCCCUCACAGCUCGGCCGAGUCGCCAUCGACCGCGGCCAGUCCCACCACCAGCGUUUCUAGUAUGACAGAGCGAGUCGACACCGGGACGUCCAUCCUGUCCGUCACAUCCAGCGACUCGGAGUGCGACGUAUGAUACGGCGAGGAGGGGGGGAAAAAAAUGCCAGAUUAAAAAAAAAAAAAAAAAAAAAAAAAAGAGAGAGAGAGAGAGAAAGAAAGAGAGAAAUAUUUACAGGGAAAAAUGGACCCGAGAAGAUGAAAAAAAAUGACUUAUGAAAAAAAAGGACCGAUUGAUAUAAAUAUUAAAAUAAAAAGAGAUAAAAGCACGUCUUUUUUUAUUAAAGCGCUUUCAAAGGACCCACGCCUGCCCCCUCCUCUUCAUCCCCCCCUUUCUCACCAACAACAACACUAGACUACUUGCAUGAUACAUUUUUUUUUUCUUUUUCAUUUUGCAAUCAGGGGAAUCAACCUGAAUGCAAGAUUUUUUUUAUACCCCCUACCCCCCAACAGGAACAAGAGGGAAUAAAAACAGAUCGUCUUUUUUUGUUUUUGUUAUUGUUUUUUUCUCCAUCCAAAUGACGAUGACGACGAGGAAACCGCCAUGCAAACAAGAUGCAAUCCUGUUUUUUUUGUUUUGUUUUGUUUUACCUUGUGUUCAUCAGACAAUCAUUUUUAAGUCGUAAGCACCUUUUUUUCUUAUCUACAUUUCUGUCACUGCCUGUGUGGGGGUAUAAACCUGGUCAAAAGACAACAAGAAGAAGAAGAAGAAGGAAAAAAAAGAAUAAUGAUAAUAAUGUGUUGAACGGAUCCGUUUAUGACUGUAUCAGAUUUUUAUUUUUUAUUUUCAAAAAGUUUAUAUUGAAUUAUGUAUAUCUCAAAUAAUGCGAUCAUUCUCCCGCUCUGUAAUAUACGUGUAGAAAUAUGCUUGUACAUAAUUAUUGCUCUUGCCCCUUCCUCCUCCUCCUCCUCCUCUUCCUCCUCCGAGUGUCAUCCUCUUUUCUACCCCCCGUCCUCACUUUUCUUGACUUGGUGUUCCUACAUAAAAUAUUUGUCAAAACUUA